ACAGGUACGUCUGCCUUGUUUUUUGCUGCUCAGAGUGGUCAUCUGGACAUUGUGAAGCUGCUCCUAGAGAGUGGAGCCACGGUGGACCCUGUUAAUUUGGACGGCGGCACCCCACUUAUAGUAGCCUCUCAGUGGCAAUACAUCAGUGUGGUAAAGGAAUUGGUCAAACAUGGUGCGGAUAUCAACGCUCGUAUGACGGACAAUGCUACGCCUUUAUUUGUCGCAGCUCAGAACGGACACAUGGAACUCGUGUCCUAUCUGCUGUCACUGAACGCUGAAGUGAAUACCAGAAGAACGGAUGGAGUUACACCUCUCUGGAUGGCUUGUCAAAUGGGACACUAUGGCGUUGUGCAAGAGCUAAUAGCCCAUGGUGCACAUCCAGACAUCCCGCGACAGGAUGGUACUACACCUUUAUUCAAAGCUGUCCAAAAAGGCUUCGCAGACAUAGUGGAGCUGCUUCUUUUACACGGAGCGUCAACAGAACUUUUACAGAACGGAGACUCGCUACUCCAAGUUGCUACACACAGUGGACAUCAAGCUGUGGAGGAGGUAUUGAUCAGGUUUGAAGCCAACCGACAGCAGCGAAGUCACGUGUGAAUUAAAAAUAUCAAAUAACGUGUUUUCUAAUGUAAUUAACCCAACUAGACGUAAUAUUUUAAGCUUCUUUCGUCAACUGUAAAGCGAAAUAAGAACAACACAUAACGUGAAUGAAACUAAGUACUGUGUAGUGGUGAACAGUUU